AUGACGGCGGGAUUGAGCAGCGGCCGGAGCCGGGCACUGCUCGCCGCCUUCUUCCUCCUCGUCGCAACACAAGCUCAGGGCACCCCCGAGAGCGGAGACUCCCUGCCCUGGUACCAACAAGAGCUGCCAGACAAAUUGCUUGGGACCAGGGUGGAGGAGCGCCAGAACGCCGCGCAUGCGUUCAGCAUAUGGUUGGUGGAUUGGGCUCUGGCCUCCUAUGCCCACGCUGCUUUGAAGGAUGGGGGGCCUCGCUUCUACGCCAUCCACGACCCCAGCGAUGCCACGUGCCUUGCCUCGACGCGGACCGACUUCCCCUUCUCCCCCUCGCUCCCCCUGAUCAAGCUGCCCGUCGCCUCGGUGGCGCGCGCGGUGGGCAACCUGGCCACCGCAUGGCUCCCCGGCCUGACCCUGGUGCUGGACCACCCCACCCCGGCAACCGCCGAGAAGCUGGGCACGUGGGUAGAGGCCCUGGCCGCCGCCUGGUCCCACCUGUCGGAGGGCCCCGCCGCCGCGCCCGCCACGGUGUUGAUCCCGGGGCUGGAGCGAGGGGCCGCCGCCCACACGCCGGGCGUGUGGGCGCUGCUCAGCAUGGUGAUGGGCCGGGAUAGGACCGGGCCCCUGCCCACGCUGCUCUUCUUCGACGACCUGGCCCGCCUUCCCCCCGGCCUCUGGCUGGGCCUGGAGCAUGUAGUGGCACUCAGGCCGCCGGCAAACGCCUCGCACCAGUCCCUCGGGGCCUUCACUGCGCCCCAGCAUGCCGCCAGCUUCCGCGCAGCGCUCCUCUCCCUCCCCGACGUCGCCAUCCCCACCCCGGCGCCCAACGGCACCAUCACCCUGCUCAUGGACGCCGACUCUCCAGGGAUCGCGGGCAUGGCUAGCCUCCUCCGUGCGCUCCGCGAGGCGGGCGCGGCCCACGGCGUGCCAGCCCGGCCCUACAGCCCCUCCCAGGGCACCCCCCUCUCCGCGAUGGUCUCUGCCCUGGGCGGCACCCGGGAGUGCUCCUCCGCGCCAUGCCUGGAGGCCAACGCGCGCGCCGCGCUGGUGGUGGACGCCGACGCCGUGCGCCGCGACCUGGCCGCCGCCCUGCCCAUCCUGUCGGUGGUCGGCGGCGAUCCCGCCGACGCCGUGGCGCGGCUGGAAAGCCAACACACCAGGUGCACGGGUGCAGAGCACACAGGGGGUGGGUGA